ACACGCCUCGCUUUCGGUCCUGACGCAGUCAUGGCUUCCAAAGCUCCUUCAAUCCGUGCAUUGCCACGCUGCCUGCUGCGUCCCCGCGCCCACGGCCGCUUCCAGUGCAGGCCGUACUCUGCCGCCGCCCCAGGUGCGCGUCUCAACGGCACAGUCGAAUACGACACGACUCCCAUCCUGCAUCACACGGCAAAGUCGACGCUCUCCAACCCCGAGCUGCCCGCCGAGAUACGGAGCGGCCAGACAAAGCGCAUCAACCUGUACACCGCCAUCAAUGAGGCCCUUCGACAUGCGCUGCAGACGGACGAGAGGGUCAUGGUUUUUGGGGAGGACGUCCAGUUUGGCGGUGUCUUUCGGUGUACCAUGAACCUGGCUGGCGACUUUGGCACGGAGCGUGUCUUCAAUACUCCAUUGAGCGAGCAGGGACUGGUGGGCUUCGCGAUUGGUGCCGCCGCCGAGGGCAUGAAGCCCAUAGCAGAGGUCCAGUUCGCCGACUACGUCUUUCCUGCAUUCGACCAGAUCCACAAUGAAGCCGCAAAGUACAGGUACCGAUCUGGAACCACUGGCGUCAAUUGCGGUGGGCUGGUAAUACGCAUGCCAACAGGUAGCGUUGGACACGGUGCUCUUUAUCACACACAAUCGCCAGAGGCUCUCUUCACCCACACGCCUGGUCUGCGCGUUGUGAUACCCCGAUCACCCGUACAGGCAAAGGGCCUUCUCCUCUCCGCAAUCCGCACCAAUGACCCGGUCAUCUUCAUGGAGCCCAAGAUCCUAUACCGCGCUGCUGUUGAGCAAGUCCCAGUCGAUGCGUACCACCUUCCUCUCGACAAAGCCGAAGUCCUCAAGACGGGCAAGGACGUGACGAUUGUAUCCUACGGCACCCCGCUAUACACAUGUUCUGCCGCCAUCACAGCAGCAGAGAAGGAUUUUGGAUGCAGUGUUGAGCUGAUAGACCUCCGGACCAUAUACCCCUGGGACCGCGAGACGGUACUAGAAAGCGUGAAGAAGACUGGCAGAGCCAUUGUAGUUCACGAAAGUAUGAUGAACGCGGGUGUUGGCGCUGAAGUUGCCGCGACCAUUCAAGAAAAGGCGUUUUUGAGGCUAGAAGCGCCGGUCAAGCGAGUGACGGGCUGGGCCACCCACACUGGCCUCAUGUUUGAGCAAUUCAUCAUUCCCGACGUUACCCGUGUGUACGACGCCAUCAAAAAGACAUUAGAUUAUUGAAAAAAGAUACAUGCC